AUGGGAGUUUUCUCCGUCAUCGCAAGGAUUGAUCUCUCGAUCGGAGUAUUUCUCAUCUUUCUUUCCUUCUGCACCAUACCGGCUGAAGAAGAUCUGACGGCGUCAAUGCGCUCAAUGGCAAGGAGGACCAAAGGCGUCAAGGAGAAUCUUUAUCCUCCUCUGGCAGCAGUCGUCUCCCUCAUGCUCGCCAACGUCUCCCCCUGCGUCUCCGUCGCUUCACUCGCCCUCGUCCUCUCGGACUUCCAUCCUGACCUCGUGCGGGCCCUCCAGAUGCUCUGUGCUCGCAUCUCCUCCAGGAAGCUUCACUGCCAGUGGUCAAACCUCGGCUACUGGAAGGAGGCGCUGGGCUACGAGGAAGCUUGCCAGCGGCUCUCCAGCAUCAUCGCACAAGCUGCAGAUCUCAACGGAGAAGACAGACUUCUUUGCGCUGGCUGCGGCUCCGGGAUCGAGCUGCAGCAAAUAAGGAGGCAGUGCGGAGUACAAAAAAUUGCAGGAUUUGAUCGCAACCCUUUGCCCAACGACAAGGCUGCGAAUGUCGUGAAGUGUACGGCAGAAGACAUGGCCAAGACAUUCAAACGCAACGAGUUCAACAAGAUCAUCUCAGUCGACUCAGUCUACCACUUUGACAAGUUCAAGUUCUUCUCCGACUGCUCCAGGCUCCUUCCUGAUGGAGGUCUUGUGGUAGUGACGGAUGUCAUCGUAUCUCCCCUCGCUCCUCUCUGGGUCAAAGUUGCGCUGAGGAUGAUGGGAAUACGGGUGAACAAUCAAUGGACGGAGGCGGAGUACAGAGAUACCCUGAGGAGGAUGGGAUUCGGAGUGAAGAGGAUGGAAUCUUUGAAGUCGUUUGUUCUCGCCAGAUGGUUCCCCCCCGCUCUCGUGCGACACCUGGACUACUCGCUCCUCGUUGUCGAGCGGGAGCAGAGGAAGAGAGUCGCUAUCAUCGGCUCCGGCAUGAGCGGUUGUGUCGCUGCUCAUGUGCUUGACGGCUUCUUUGACGUGCGCAUGUUCGAGUCGAAGCCGCAGGUCAACCUGGCGGGGAACAGCAUCGAGCUGGAGGGAGGGAACGUCGUUGACGUUCCUCUGCGCAUGGUGGGCCCUCACUACUACAAGACGAUGUGGAAGCUGGUGCGAUCCCUUGGGGUUCGGACGGAGACGGUGAACUUUGACGUCUGCUGCUAUGACGAGGAGGGAGUGAACGCGACGACGGAGACCUCGCUGCUGAAGACAGUCCUCGCUCGCUUCUUCCUCCUCCCGUCCUUGGCAAGGCUCACAUGGGUCGUCUUUUUGUGUCGACCGCAGGGCCAGGAGACGUUCGGGGGAUACAUGCGGAGACAUGGGCUGAGGGAGACGGAGGUGUACCAGGUCUUCAUCAAGAGACAACUCAGCUGGAUGCUCUCAUGCUCGUUCGCGAUGGUCGAGGACUACCCAGCAGACUUCAUCCUCCCCUUUCUCAGCUCCAUCAACCCUCUGCUCGCCUUCAACAAGAAAGUCCUCCGCAUCCAUCCCACCAAUGACGUCCUGCAGCGGGCGCUCGUGGAGGACAAGGACGUAGUUACCAGCUUCAGCGUCCCCCCACUGCGGAGAGAGGACGGGACCGUGAGCAUCGGGGGGGGCAAGUUCGACUACGUGCUCCUUGCCACGGAAGCCUCGGCGGUUCACAAGAUCCUUCCGGAGCCGUGGACUGAGUUCUUUGACAAGUUCGUCUACCACCCGAGCUCCUGCGUCAUCCACACUGACUGCCGUCUCAUGCCCGAGCGUCGGGAGGACUGGAGGACCGUCAACGUGAAGGAGAGCGGAGGGGACGGGUCCUGCAUGCUGUCGGUAUGGAUGAACGCCUACUACAGGGACAGCAAGCUCCCGAGCGAUGUCUUCCAGACUUGGAACGCGCACGCGCGACCGGAGGACGGGAAGCUUGUCGCUCAAGUUCACUUCACUCGCGUCGUCCACCAGCUCCAGUCGCGGCAGCUCAUGGAGCAGGUCAGGUCAGCGCAGGGGAAGGAAGGGUUCUUCUUCUGCGGGGCAUACGCCAUGGAGGGGCUGGGGCUGCUGGAGCAGGCGGCAUCAUCAGCCUUGGACGCUUGCGAGAGAAUUUUACAGCAGCAGCUGGAAGAGAAGGAGAAACUGAUGAGAUGA